AUGGCGCAGAUUCAGGUUCAGCAUCAGGCACCAAUAUCAGGGCCGAACGGAGUGGCGGCUGGAAACCAGUUCCUUACGACGUCGCUUUAUGUUGGCGAUCUCGAUUUUAAUGUGACCGAUUCGCAACUCUACGAUCUGUUUAACCAGGUCGGCCAAGUCGUAUCGGUCAGGGUUUGUCGGGACCUAAGCACCAGGAGAUCACUUGGCUAUGGUUAUGUUAAUUAUAGCAAUCCCACAGAUGCGGCAAGGGCAUUGGAUGUGCUGAACUUCACUCCUCUGAAUAACAAGCCCAUUAGGAUCAUGUAUUCUCAUCGGGAUCCUAGUAUCCGCAAGAGUGGUACUGGAAACAUAUUUAUUAAGAAUCUGGAUAAGACUAUUGACCACAAAGCAUUACACGAAACGUUUUCUUCAUUUGGAAACAUUCUUUCAUGCAAGAUAGCCACUGAUGCUUCUGGGCAAUCCAAAGGUUAUGGUUUUGUUCAGUUUGACACUGAAGAAGCUGCUCAAAGUGCUAUUGAUAAGCUAAAUGGCAUGCUUAUUAAUGAUAAACAAGUGUAUGUGGGACAUUUUCUUCGUAAGCAUGAAAGGGAUAGUUCAUUGGGUAAAGCAAAAUUCAAUAAUGUCUACGUGAAAAAUCUUUCUGAAACAACAACAGAUGAAGAUUUGAAGAAUGUUUUUGGUGAAUAUGGACCAAUUACUAGUGCUGUUGUGAUGAGGGAUGGAGAUGGAAAAUCCAAGUGUUUUGGAUUUGUCAAUUUUGAAAAUGCAGAUGAUGCUGCUAAUGCUGUUGAUGCUCUUAAUGGCAAGAAAUUUGAUGAUAAAGAGUGGUAUGUUGGAAAAGCUCAGAAAAAAUCUGAAAGAGAGCUUGAAUUGAAAGGGCGAUUUGAGCAAAGCAUAAAGGAAACUGUAGACAAAUUUCAAGGUUUGAAUUUGUAUGUUAAGAACUUGGAUGAUAGUAUUGAUGAUGAAAAACUGAAGGAAUUGUUCACAGAGUUUGGCACAAUUACUUCCUGCAAGGUUAUGCGUGAUCCAAGUGGAAUCAGUAAAGGCUCUGGAUUCGUGGCAUUUACAACUCCUGAAGAAGCAUCUCGAGCGCUGGCAGAGAUGAAUGGUAAAAUGGUUGUUAGCAAGCCACUUUAUGUUGCACUUGCACAGAGGAAAGAAGAGAGAAGAGCAAGGCUUCAGGUUCAAUUUUCACAAAUGAGACCAGUUGCUAUGGCCCCCUCUGUUGCACCUCGUAUGCCAAUGUACCCUCCUGGUGCACCAGGCCUUGGCCAACAAUUUUUAUAUGGCCAAGGACCACCAGCCAUGAUGCCUCCACAGGCUGGAUUUGGUUAUCAGCAGCAACUUGUUCCUGGAAUGAGGCCUGGUGGGGCUCCAAUGCCAAAUUUCUUUGUUCCAGUGGUUCAGCAGGGUCAGCAAGGCCAGCGACCUGGAGGGCGACGUGGGGUCGGUCCUGUGCAACAGCCCCAGCAGCCACUACCUGUGAUGCAGCAGCAGAUGCUUCCUAGAGGACGAAUGUAUCGAUACCCACCUGGCCGUAACAUGCCAGAAGUUCCAAUGCCUGGUGUUGCUGGAGGUAUGCUUCCUGUUCCAUAUGACAUGGGUGGGGGCAUGCCCAUGCGAGAUGCUGCUGCUGGACAACCUAUGCCAAUUACAGCAUUGUCUACUGCCCUUGCAAAUGCAUCACCAGAGCAGCAGAGAACGUUGCUGGGUGAAAGCUUAUACCCUCUUGUGGAACAGCUGGAAAGGGAUGCGGCAGCUAAAGUUACAGGUAUGCUUCUGGAGAUGGACCAGACUGAGGUCUUGCAUCUUCUUGAGUCACCGGAGGCAUUGAAGGCGAAAGUAGCAGAGGCCAUGGAGGUACUGAGGAGUGUUGCUGCACAGCAGGCUAACAGCCCAUCGGAUCAACUGGCCUCUUUGUCAUUGAAUGAUAAUCUUGUUUCUUAAGUUUUUUGGUGUGAUUGAAACUAAGUCCGGUUUUUGGUACGUUAUGUAGGUUUAUGACGUUUGAACUCAGCUAUGUUCUGUUUUUGUCAUGUAGAAUUCGUAGUUUGCUAGAACUUGACAUGCUGCUAUGUUGACUGGUUUGCAUUAUCUUAAUCUAUUGGUACUUAUGUUUUUGGUUAUA